UCGAUCGCAGCCGGACUAACUUGGUGGUGUUUGAUCAUACAGUGUUACAGUGUCGUGUGGCAGUGCUUUUUGAACAUUCCUGGUAUUCGGAUGAACGAUUUGUUCGUUUAUCUCACCGAUAGGGACCAGCGUUGUGAUUGAUUUUGAUGUGAUAGGCUUUUAAUUUUCGCGAAAAGGUGUUGUUUUGGGUUGAAGAAUUGCGAAAUUAGCCAAACUGAUUGUGAAGCCGUUUUCCGGCCACGUGCGACUUCGAUGAAGAUGGGAUCUUCAAAGAGGAAAUCAUCGUUCAGAAUCGAUGACAUCCUCCACCAGCAAGCAGAACAGCAGCAGCAGAUGAUCUUCCAGCACCAGCUCGUUCAGAACAGUGUGCUCAAACAGCUCACGGACAUGAGCACAGCACAGCCCAGUUCUUCCACACCGACGUCGACCUCACCGGAGUACUGUCCCAAUGGACCGAGGUCGUCGUCUUCACCUCCAGCUUCGCCCGUGCCGGAACAUCCGACUGGUCCGGAAUCGCCGAAAAAGCCCACUGCGCUGUACCCGAAUCUACUGGAUUUUCAGAAAACCAACUUUCCACUUCACCUGCAGUUCGGAAUGUCUUCCUUCAACCCGGCAGCGCUUAAUCCAGCAGCAUUCAAUGCUGCUUAUCUGGAACAGUAUGCGAACAUGCUGCACAAAGCAUCUCCUCGAAUAUUCCCAUUCUACCCGCCACACUACAGCUAUCUGCUUCCGCCGUGUGGUUCCAAGCGCAAAGGUGGACAGGUGCGAUUCACCCCUCAGCAAACCCAAAGCCUUGAGCGACGAUUUUCCAACCACAAGUACCUUUCGCCCGAGGACCGCAGGCAUUUGGCUGUUCAGCUGAAGCUUAGCGACCGGCAGGUCAAAACAUGGUUCCAGAACCGCCGCGCCAAAUGGAGACGUGCCAACAACGGAGGUCAAACGUCGGAUUCGCCCGUCGACCUGGGGGCCGACAGUGUACAUAAAUCGUCACACUCCGCCACCGUUACGUCAUCCGCCAAUUCACCCGCAGAUCCGAUGAAGAAAUACUCGAAUGACUAUCGUGCAACCUCGAAUAGCAGACCCGCAGAACCGUACGAUUGCAAGAGUUCCGAAAACUACUCGGAGCAUGAAACCUCCAGCGAAGGCGAGGACAGCAGCUACGAGGACGGGGGAGCCUCGCCCAUCAAUGUUAUUUAAGUUAAGCUUUAUCUAUACUGAAAUUCAAAUAAAUUAUUCAACUUCUCACGCGGACAGACACGGUGUCGUCUAACCUACUUCAUUCCGAGACUCCGCUAGGUCUAACGAAUUGGCGAGACGACCUUUGGUUAGCUGAAAGUACACGGUUGCUACGAUUGAUAAGCUCUCCACUUCACCGCAAAUACACAGUAGGCACUGCACCUUGCCGUUCGUGGAAACAUCAUCAGGCAAUUAAUCACGGUCGAUUGCUCAUUCCUUUUCUAACCUUCUUUACAUCGUUUAUUCAUUAUUUUGACGCUGUGAUAACGCAAAAUUCACCCAUA